AUGGCAAGUCCAUACUUUGUCGAGCACAAUGUGAAAUUCGAAGGCUCCUCGAAACCCAACAAACGCCCGGACAUGUCCUCCUUCUUCGCACAGCUAGAAGUAAUCAAGACCAGCAAUCCUCACGCCCAGCCAAUGCCAAUUGACACCGCGGCGGCCUCGAGACUUCUGGGCGACCAAUUCCGUUUUCUACAGGUGAACAGCAGCGACGCUUCGCAUUCCGAGUUCUUGGAUAACCUGAUUGGGUCUAUUGAAGAGGGAGAAGAUGAGCCAAGCGGCGUACCGCAGACGUAUCUCGAUGAGCUGGAGAGGGUACCGAAGAAGCAGUUGAAACAGGGAGAGACAUGUCCGAUUUGCAAUGAGAAGUUUUUGGACGAUCAAUACCCGUUAGUGGUGGUUCUACCGUGUCAUAAGACUCAUAAAUUCGAUUUGGAGUGUGUUAGCCCUUGGCUGUUGAUGAAGGGUACUUGUCCGCUGGAUCGAAAGGAGAUGAUUAAGAAGAAGGAAAAGCCAAAAAAAGUCGAUAGCGAGGAUGAGGAAGAUGAUGAGAUGGGAAUGUACUCUUGA